AUGCCCCCGGAAAUGAGCAGCAUAUCGCCACCCAUAAACAAGAUCCUCAAGGGGUUCAAAGAGGACAUCGAAACCACGGUCAAUGGUGAGAACGACAAGGCAAUAGAGAACCCAAGUAGGAAGCGAGAGGCAAUCGGCAUCAGGUCAAAGCGAAAGUGGGAGUAUUUCAAGACAGCACAACCGAAAUCCCGGAAAGCUCGAUUCACCAAAUAUGUCAUUCUCGUCCGCACUGUAUGGAGUGCCAAGGGCGUGCCUGCCAGAGUGGAGAUUGAUGUCAAAGGUGAACUUCUCCAACAAGUUCUGAUUGAGAUCAAUAAAGACACGAAGUCGUUUGUUCUUGAUAAAUCAAACGAGAUCGUGGGUGCUUUAUUCAUGACAAUGAUGCUGAAUCAUACUGAUCUUAUCAGGUCGAUCGGAGGCUAUUUUUCCACUCCAAGGGAGGUAUUGAAAGUCGGCUAG